CUUCCAACUGCAGUUUCGCUCGAAUAUAGCACAGGCUCCAAUUCAACCCUAUUUCAAAAAUUGGGGACUUGAACUGAGAUUUUUUUCUGACGCCCCAAUCUCCGGUUCCAUUGAUCAAGCAAAAUCGAUUUUCUUCGAUUCGCUGUGAUUUGUGGCCACCAUAAAGUAAAAGAUUUGAAGGCAAAUCCAGAAGGAGAAGACAAGUGAAAGUACUAAAAGGACGUCGUCAUGAGGCCUCAGAGGAACCCGAUCCACACCGUCUCAACAUGGGUGAGGCGACAACCGCCGAAGGUGAAGGCUUUUCUGGCCGUGGUUGCGGGUAUGGCGACUCUUGUGUUGCUUCGAGUCAUUGUCCACGAUCAUGACAACCUCUUCGUAGCAGCUGAGGCCGUGCAUUCUUUAGGAAUUUCUGUCCUCAUCUAUAAGCUUAUGAAAGAGAAGACGUGUGCUGGUCUGUCCCUCAAAUCCCAGGAAUUAACAGCUAUCUUUUUGGCUGUUAGGCUUUACUGCAGUUUUGUCAUGGAGUUUGAUAUCCACACUCUACUUGAUUUAGCUACUUUGGCGACAACUCUGUGGGUCAUUUUUAUGAUACGAUUUAAGCUCAAGUCCAGUUACAUGGAGGAGAAGGACAACUUUGCAAUAUACUAUGUGGUGAUACCCUGUGCUGUGUUAGCCUUGUUUAUUCAUCCGUCUACUUCUCAUCAUAUAUUGAACAGGAUCUUUUGGGCAUUCUGUGUAUACCUAGAAGCGGUUUCAGUGUUACCCCAACUGCGGGUCAUGCAGAACACCAAAAUUGUUGAGCCCUUCACAGCUCAUUAUGUAUUUGCAUUGGGUGUAGCGAGAUUCUUAAGCUGUGCUCAUUGGGUUCUUCAGGUCUUAGAUAGCCGUGGGCAUUUGUUGGUUGCCCUGGGAUAUGGUUUGUGGCCGCCGAUGGUUCUCAUCUCAGAAAUUGUCCAGACUUUCAUCUUGGCGGAUUUUUGCUACUACUAUGUCAAAAGUGUGCUUGGGGGACAGCUUGUUCUCCGUCUUCCCUCUGGAGUGGUGUGAUUGAAGAUCUUCUGCGAUGAGCCCAUUCUCACUUGGAUUUAACUUAAUCUGCCAACACGUUUGGUCUGGUCUGGUCUGGUCAUCCUCGCUUCAAGCAUUUCGUGUUGAUGCACUUUUAGAUGCCCAUGUCUCGUGAUGCGAAAGAUGAUUCUUUUUUUGAUGAAAAAAAGUAACCGAAUGUUUACGUUUACACUUACAGUACGUAAUUUGUAUUCUGUAGUCGAACAUACUUUGUACACAAGAUUUCUAAUCGCUUAGAGUGUCGGCGUUCAGUUU